CUUCAGUACAAGACUGACCGAUCCCCAGCUCAGAACGACCUCCAAUCCAGCGAACACGACCCACGAAACACGCGAACCUCGCGAAUCUUCACCCAAGAACUCUCGUUACGAUCAACCGUGUGUGACUUUGUGUGUGUGUAUUUGUGCGUUUGUACGAUAGUUCGGUAGCAUAACCCUGUAACUGCGAGGAGAUUCCCUUUUGAGGAGAAGAGCGGUCAAGUGUGCAAAAACAUAAAGUGAGAGAGCAAGAGCAAGAGCGGCGAUCUUUACGUUCAGCACUCUGCAGCAGUUAAAGGUUCUUUUCUCUUGCGGCCCUUCUCCGCCGCGUGCUGAUCUUCAUCCGCGCGUUUUCGCGAACCUGAGCCGAAACCCUGGAGCUGUAGCUUCUCCUAGCCAUCCAACACAACUUACCAGACCAGUGUACCACCAGCGGCUGGGCUUGUCGACCACGAUCGAGACUUCAACAACGACGACGACGACGCUGAGAGAGAGAGAUCAUUUAAAGGCAGCUGCAAUCAGUGCCCGAUCAAUCAUUGAGCCGUGAACGUGACAUUGGACGGAUCUUGCCCAGGUACACACAUCGCAACGGGUUGACCCUUUAGCCGCCCCUCGGAACAUCAGAACCCAUCAACACCUUCUUCUUCGUCACCAUCAUCGUUGUCGCCGGAAGUGAUUUUUGACGGAAAUUGCUCGUGUUGUGUGUGUGAUUACGAAGAAAUUAUUUGAAGAAAUCAACCAAGAAAUUACCAACGACAGCGACGGAAAAAAAACAUCAUGAAGUGCCUAAUCUUUGCCGUUUUGUUCGUCGCCGUGAUGGUCCAGAAUAGCGAAAGCGCUCCGGCAAAAUACCAGGAUCUGCCGAAGAAGGACGGCUACGUGCCAGUCUACAUCCGCAUCGGCAACACCCCGUUGGACCAGAUCAACCGUGACUUGGCGGCAGCCUUCCAGAAGGCCAACGCCCGCAGUGUCCGGGGCACGCUUAUCCAGCAACUGAACCGCAACGCGCGCUUCUCGUCCGAGUCGAGCAGUGCGUCCAGCGAGGAGACCAACCACAUCCUGAAGCGUCUGGACCCGAACUACCACAGCUCCGAGAGUGACCCGAACACGAGCGAGUCCAACUCGUCCGAGCAGCUGCUGCUGAACGAUAUCGUGCCGGCCGUGAAGACCCCGGUCAAGGCCGGUAAUGCGCUGUAAGCGAGGUUGAAAACGCAAGAAGUUCUUCUCAACUGCCAACUCUGCCGGCACGGGCGGAAUGUGAUUUUCUUUAAUAUUAUUUUAAUCAUUAUAACAUACACAACUGCACUCAUGCUUCAUGAUUCAUCAACGAAACGUACGAUUUUGAGAGGUCACAAUAAUAUUAUGGUUAUGCGCGGACACGUGCGGAUUACGCGCAGUUACGCGGCGCGCGAUAAGGUGUCAUCCUACGGUGAGAUUAUUGUAAGUUCAGUGAAUAAAUUCUUAUCGGCAUAA